UUUCAAGAAGUCGUCUUCAUAGUUUAUCGCAGUUUAUCGACGGCUCAUAAUCAGGUCGUCGAUCCUGCCGUGAAUAUUUUUUCUGUAUAUAAUGCACGAGAAAAAACAGUUGCUAAUAUUGGCAAAAAUGUGCAGGUGCCUGGACGUGGCAGCCGGUGAAAUGUGAUAAAAUGGGUGCGUGUACAUCGGGCCAGGUUAUUCCGAUGAGUGGAGAUGAAGAUUAGGCUUAUUUUGUUCGGAAGUUCGCGAACCGGUGAAAACCGAAACUAGCUGCAACAGUUCCUGAAGAAUUGAGGAAAACCCGGUCAAGUUUUGCCGGGAGGGCAUUUCGAUGGGUAUUUUUUGAUGUGAUGGGAGUGCCUGCGAGGGGAGCUUUGGCGGCGUUCGUGGCCCUAACCGCGUUCGCCGUUUAUCUCAACAGCUUGAGCUGUGGUUUCGUCUUUGACGAUAUUUCUGCGAUCAAGGAUAAUCGAGAUCUGAGGCCUCAUACCCCUGUGAAAAAUGUCUUUUAUAACGAUUUCUGGGGCACGCCAAUGCAUAAGGAACAAUCACACAAAUCAUAUAGACCACUCUGCGUUCUCACGUUCCGUUGGAAUUACCUGAUCCAUCAACUUGAUCCAAUGGGGUAUCAUCUGCUUAACGUGAUCCUUCAUGUCGGCGUAUGCCUCUUAUAUUUCAGAACGUGCUUGAUGUUUCUAUCAGACCUAGCGAGUUUUGUAUCCGCUAUGUUAUUCGCAGUACAUCCCAUACACACUGAGGCUGUGACGGGCGUCGUUGGAAGAGCAGAGACACUGUCAUCUUUGUUUUACCUCGCAGCUCUCAUUACAUAUACUAAAUGUUCCAAAAGUAAAAGAUCUACAGGCUGGCAGUCCUUGUUAUUGUCAAUGUUUUUCGUUUUCAUUGCAAUGCUGUGUAAGGAGCAGGGAAUAACAGCAACCGCAGUCUGUGUUCUCUAUGAAAUUUUUGUCGUACAAAGGGUGAGAGCUUUGGAUAUAGUUUUAGCAAUUAAGUCGACGUUUGAUGGUAAAAAAAUAUCUCCGACCUGGUCUAACGAGGGUACAAAACGUUUGAUGGCUCUUACAGUCGUUACGUUCAGUCUUCUUAUUUUGAGACUAAAUGUGAUGGGUUCGAAAUUGCCUAUAUUUACCAGAUUUGACAAUCCAGCUUCUGUGGCUUCAACGCCGACGAGACAAUUGACAUACAAUUAUCUCGCGGCAGUAAACUUACGACUCUUAUUUCUUCCGGUCGAUCUCUGCUGUGAUUGGACAAUGGGGACGAUUCCUUUGGUAGAAAGUUUUACAGAUCCUCGAAAUCUCGCGAUUAUUGCGACCUAUGGCAUUGUUAUUGGACUUCUUGUUACUGCAGUCCUAACACGUAGCAGACAAACUUCAGUCGUUAUUAUAAUGAGUCUGGCGAUGAUGAUUCUCCCAUUUUUGCCGGCCUCGAAUCUCUUCUUCCCAGUCGGGUUUGUGAUUGCCGAAAGAGUCCUCUACGCACCUUCGAUGGGCUUCUGCAUGCUCAUUGGAUACGGCUGGAGCAUUUUUUGUGAGAGAAAGUGUAAGAAGUUGUCUACAUUUUUGAUACUUACAAUAUUAGCGGCUCAUGCCACGAAGACAUUUAUAAGAAAUUACGAUUGGUUGGACGAAUAUUCGAUAUUCAUGUCCGGACUGAGAGUGAACGACAGAAACGCGAAGCUCUUCAAUAAUGUUGGACAUGCGCUAGAAAGUCAAGGACGAUUUAAGGAAGCUUUGAACUUCUUCAAUAUGGCUGUGACGGUUCAAGGUGAUGAUAUUGGUGCGCACAUUAAUGUAGGAAGGACCUACAACCACUUGAAGAUGUUCAAGGAAGCUGAGGAUGCGUACCUUAAGGCCAAAUCGCUUUUACCAAAAGCGAAACCUGGCGAGUCUUACCAAGCUCGGAUUGCUCCUAAUCACUUGAACGUUUUCGUCAAUCUAGCGAAUCUCAUCGCCAAAAAUGCCACCAGAUUGGAGGAAGCUGAUCUGCUCUACCGACAGGCAAUCAGCAUGCGUGCAGAUUACACGCAGGCUUACAUCAAUCGUGGCGACGUUUUAAUCAAGCUGAAUCGCACAAAAGAAGCGCAGGAAGUUUACGAACGGGCGCUUUUCUACGAUAGCAAUAAUCCUGAUAUUUAUUACAACCUGGGAGUGGUCUUUCUUGAACAAGGAAAAGCUUCCCAAGCCCUUGCUUAUUUGGACAAAGCUCUCGAGUUUGAUCCAGAGCAUGAGCAGGCCCUUUUAAAUUCUGCAAUACUCCUGCAAGAAUUGGGACGGGCCGAACUCAGAAAGGUGGCUAGGGAAAGGCUCUUGAAAUUACUCAGAAAGGAUUCUAAUAAUGAAAGGGUUCACUUCAAUCUGGGAAUGCUUGCAAUGGAUGAUCACGACAGCGAAAGUGCGGAACGUUGGUUCAGGAACGCGGUUGCUCUGAAGGAGGAUUUCAGGUCCGCGCUUUUCAACUUGGCUCUUCUACUUGCUGAUGAACAUCGUCCACUGGAGGCAGCUCCUUUUCUAAAUCAACUCGUCAGAUUCCAUCCCGACCACGUGAAGGGCUUAAUUCUCCUCGGGGAUAUUUAUAUCAACAAUAUCAAGGACUUGGACGCUGCUGAGAAUUGCUAUCGUCGAAUACUGCAACUGGACCCGACGAAUAUCCAAGGUCUGCACAAUCUCUGCGUCGUCAUGGUCGAACGUGGAAAAUUGGAUCUAGCAGCUCAGUGUCUUGAACGUGCAGCAGCUUUGGCACCUCAACAGGACUACGUUCACCGGCACUUAGCAAUUGUCAAGGCCCGAAUAACUCGCCUUCCUCCGGAGCAACGCGACACCCAAGUGCUGGAAGACACCUUCUGGGAGGGCAACACAUUCGACGAUCCGGCCGUCGGUCAGUUUAUAGAAAAGACGGAUUCCGUGUUCUUGAAUCACGCAGUUGUUCGCAAUGUAGGGAACCCACCGAACGUCGAAAAUUCCAAUAAUCGUGUUAUGAACUUGAAAGGUCCCCCUCCGAAGUCACCUCGAGUUAUGGACAACGUUGAGAGCCAACCGAAGGACGAAAGUACCGAACGAGUGGCUCCAGAGUCACCUGCUAUCGUGGAACCAACUUCAGAAGCUAGGGUCUUGGACGACAUUCUUAGUACUGAUCUAACCGAACUGGAAAUCGCUAGGAUGCACGCAAAAAAGUCAACGUUGGCCAGUUCGGAGCAGUUCAAUCACAGCACUGGGAAUACUCAUUCUGGCAGCAUUAAGAAAACAAAGGUCAGUGCAUUCUCAUAGUAUUAACCUUAACCCGCCGAAGAAUGUAAUGUUAUUAUUACUUGAAUGUACUAUCGUCGAGGGUUCCGACGACAUACACAUAAUAGCACCUAUGUGUGAAUAUAAAAUGAAAUACAGAGUAUUGUUUUAUAUGCUGUAUAAAAUAGGACGUUUUAUAAAAUAUAUUUAAAACAA